AGACCACCCUGUGCUCCGCAACGACCUCUGGGAAAAGUUCGUGAUAUCUGCCAGCUCGACCCCGUCAAGUCGACUCCGAGCCGUCCAGCGCCGAUAAGCCGGCAAGCCUCAUCAGCAACCCAGGAACCCCGACGCCAACUCGCGACGGGAAGGAGAGUCAACCAUCGCCCUCCUCCAACACAGCCCGCCACAAUGACGAUCCGGGCGCUCGAGAAGGUCUCCGUCGGCCAGAACGGCCUCGGCGCCUUCAUCCUCCAGUGCAAGCGUAUCGAUGUGCACUUCUGUGACCACGCCGGUAGUUCGAGGGGCAUGAACGCCUUCAUAAAAUCACAACUCCCCAAGUUCGCCACCGCCCACCCUCAGAUCGAGUUCGCCGUCUCGCCGCGGCCGCGCAAGCACCCCGUCCUGGUCGGACACUAUGUCAACGGCAACUCAAAGUCCAUUUGCGUCAAGAACAUGGACAGCCUGCAGAUCCUCAACAAGGUCGCCCUCCUCCGCGACGCGAGCGGCGACAAGGUCAAGAAGACCAACAAGGCCGUCACGAGCAUCAACGAGUCCGUCAGAGGCGUGUGGUCGCCAUACCACGGCACCGGUAUGCGGGUGUAAGCUGGGAGGUCGGGGCGGGAACGAAGCAGAAAGACAGGGAGGGAGAGGGAAAGAGAAACAAAUAUUCGGAGAGUGGAUUUGCAUAUUAUCCAGGGAAGAAUCCGAUGAGCACAGCAGAUAUGUCACUUGUCACGAUGCCUGGGCAUAACCCCCAGCAAUCCCAAUAUGCGGUUGGUGAGCAGUGGAGGACGCUCGAAGCCGACGAAAGACCCGCCUCGAGAAAUUCAUGGGCCAAAGAAGGUCCCCAGAGUAUCGGAAACGAAUUUGGCCGGGACGGGAAGGCAUGCUCUUCGAAGCACUGUACACCAUAGACUGAGGGCCGGGGCAAUCUGCCGGUCGCGAACUCAUUGUACCAUAGAUGUGCCUGUAGCAUUGAAAUCAGGAUCAAAAUCCAAACAAC